AUGUCAGACGCCCCAAUUCCCACCACUACCUCCAAGUCGGGCGCAUUCAUGACCGUGACUUCUGCGACUCAGUUCGACGAGCAGGCUGUUUUUGAAGGUUACAUCCUCUCCUCCCUGUGUCAAGUCAAGGAGUAUCAUGAGUUUGUGUAUAUCAACGUAUCUCGCUCCUGGGGAGAGGUCGCGUUACGGCUUAUCGACGAGAAGAUCCCGUCUUGGAACUCUGAGCUAGCUUAUGUAGCCCUUGAGUUCAAAUGUGGCCCAUAUAGCGGUUCCAGGAAGGAACCUGACUUCUUUUUCCAAGUUAAUGAUCAUAUCCUCCCAACUCUUGCAAUAGAGUCCGGCUGGAGUGAGUCAAAGGAACAACUUCGCAACGAUAUGAACCUGUUGCUAAUGGGCGGCAAUGGCUCUGUUAAGAUUUUCAUCAUUGUCAAAUGGACAAAGUUGCAAGGAGCUCGCGUCUCAGGGACUGUCGAACUCUUUAUGAGAUAUCAGAAUGGAAUGCCCAGACUGGAGCAAAGUGAGGUAUAUUUGAGACAUUUAAUUAAUGGUUCACAUACUUACUGCCUGGUCUUCGUGCAGAUUGUCUUCCCUCGGCCUACCACUGCAAGAGGCCAACGAAUAGGGAACCGACGAAAUGAUCUUUUUGAGGCCGCGCUGUUGGCUGGUCGCAACGGGAAUGAUAUCCUUUACCUGGAUGUUGAACGAUUGCGUGAUCAUGCUACCAGAGCCCUCUGCUUCAUGAACCUUACUUCUGCCUAG